CGUCGUCACCAGGACGCUUUGACCGUUGCCGGGGAUACCGGACGCUCACACAGACGGGAGAGAGCGAGCGGUCCGUGUGAAGUAAAGAUAAACAGCGAGAAAUCACUCGGAAACAGAGCGCAAUGACUCGCUUGUGUGUCUGUGAUAUGUGCAACUGCGGCCGUCAUCGCUGCACACACCAGUCCAGUACACUGUACAAUAAAGGAGGUCCGAGUAACGCAUUGUCUGAGUACACAGAGAAAUACCCGGCCUAUAAAGGUCACACUCGUCCCAAAAGCCUCAAGCCCCAACAGGAAUACAAAGCUCACCAGAGCACAAUGGAGGGAACAACCACCUUCAGGACGGACUAUAUCCCGUACGUGGUCCCUCGACGCCCUGAAAGACAGCAGGUCGAGUACAAGCCUAAACCUGGACAGAUUGACUUGGGAACCACUUAUAAACAAGACUUCAAUCAAUACGAAGUACAGCCGUUCGUUCCCUCUCGCCCUAAAGAAAGAGUACACAUCAUAAAUGCAAAACUGGACACCGUGCCCACCUACAAAGAGGAUUUUCGUCAGUGGGAAAUCAGCAGGCGUGAAUUAACUAAACCUGAUAUGACGUAUCACCCUCCCGCUGCCAAAUUUGGGAAUUCCACAACAUUCCAGGAUGAUUUUGUCCAAAAAGGUCUUGUGCCACGUGAGAGCUACAAGCCUCCCAACGUGGCCAAGUUCUCCAACGUUCCAUUCGAAAACCUAACCAGCAACAAGCUCUCAUAUGUACCACACGCUCUGGAAGCCCGUUACGUAAAAGCGCCAGAAGAAUAUAAACCCAACAGCAAUCCUUUCCAAGACCUCACCACACACCGUCAAGACUUCCAAGGCCUGCCUGGUCAACUGCCCAAAAGCUGCAAGCCUGUGGUCCUCAAGAAGGCUUCUAACAAGCCCUUCCAGAGCAGCACGGAAUUCCGAGAUCGUUUCCAGCAGUGGCCCGUCUCCCUUCCGGAAUUCCACAAGUCGGUGGAGUACACGAGUCCCACGGCGCAUAUGGACCUGACCACCACCUCACACACCGAUUAUAUCAAGCACCAGGUCCAACCAUUCCUAUCGGCCAAACCCUUCUCGAUCCCGAAGAAGUCCUCCGAGCCCUUUCAGGGCAACACCACAAUGAGGGAUGACUUUCAGCCGUGGGCGCCGCAACGUCAAAACCUGAUCCGGAAGCAAGAGGAAAUCCGGCGAUCCAGUGAUAAAAUGGAAGAUCUCACCACCUUCAAAGCCCAUUUCAUCCAUCACCAACCCCAGCCCAGUCAAAGCUUUAAGCCUCAUAAUGCACCAAUGCGGUCCGACGCUCCGCUAGAGAACGACACCAUGUACCGCACGGAGUUCACACCCAAGAAGAUCAGCAUUUGUCCAGCCAGUUUCGAGGCUCCACCGGGGUUUGUUUUCGAUGCGUACGACGAUCGAGGUCACCGGUUCUUCCGCAAGUUGACAUCCACCGAUAGGAUUGAGACUCCUAAGGAAAUGGCCUUGAUUGCUUAACUCAUCAUGUGGUUAUAUAAAAGAUGACUCAGCAUACAA